AUGGGGGUAUCGGUUGACAUCGUCGAUUCUAUAAUGCAACAAAGCAUUAGUCCUACUAAGCAUAGAAACCUGCAAGUGUAUCGCCAGGGGAUCCGCUGGGUGAACACAUGCAUUAGGAUUCUUUCUGAAAAUGGAUGGGGCAGUCGAGCGGAGGAGGUUUUCUUUCUAAACGACCGAGAAAUAAGCUACUACGGGCGCAUUUCCUCAGUUAAGGCGAGCGUUGAGCACUUCACUGAGCGAAAGAAAAUAACAGGGACAGCUCCGGAGGAAGUACCCGGGUGGAUACCGAUCUCUAUUCCGUGUAUCAUCAAACGCCUGGGUGACCAAUCCAUUUCUAUAACUACGAAACGGUGGGCAAGACGUUGUGAUCCACUCUUCGAUCCACUCUUCAAUCCUCUCUUCAGCACGCAGUGA